AUGUCUUUCGGCUUUGGGGCAUCCGUCCCCGCUGCUGGAAGCGCGUCAGCGGAGCUUGGGCCGGAGCUUUCAGAUGUCUUCACAGAUGAGGUUGGUUUCAAAGGUGUCUCUGGCGACGCAAAUAUUCGAUUCCUCCCCACCCCCUGGCCCGACAACGCACUCCCGUCUCCAACAUCCUCCCUUUUAGCUGUCGCGCAGACAAAGGGAGUGGUUGUCGGCGCUGGCCCCGACACCCUUGUUGUCGCGAGCACAAAUGCUCUGAGGGAAUCUAUUGUGGCACCUACUGGGGCGGACAAGAUCAAAACCAAGCCCUUCCAACCACAGGCGACGAUUCCCCUUCCUGCCCGGCCGACACAUGUGGCCUUCACAUCGGGCGACGACGCGUUGGUACUCGCCACAGAGAACGGCUCUCAGAUAUCUGUUUUCCAAACAACCAGCCUUAUGCAAGGAAAUGGACAGCCGGCUUUUUCGAUCCAGACAAAUGGCGUGUCUCUGCGCGCUGUCGCGCCGAAUCCUGAUCCUAAUUCGACCUUUGUCGGACUGGUCACUGCCAAUGGCGAGCUACUCAUGGCUGACCUGAAGGCUGGAAAUCUCGUUUCGGGGCCAAAUGGACCUGUUCUCAAGACUGGUGUCAGCAGCGUUUCCUGGAGCAAUAAAGGGAAGCAGCUUGUGGCCGGGUUGGCGGAUGGAACCGGAUACCAGAUGACCCCAGAUGGAACGAAGAAGGAUGAGAUCCCACGGCCAUCGGAUUUGGAAGGUGAAUGUCAUAUCUCAUCCAUCGCCUGGCUUGAAAAUGAUAUCUUCUUCGUGGUGUAUACCCCAAAUUCUCUCGAGGAUGAUAUGGGGCAGAAUCCACCAUCUUCCUAUUACAUUAUCACGAGGCGCAAACAGGCGCCAUUCCUGAUCCAAAAAUUGCCCGAAAUCUGCUCGACUCUUGGUUUCGCCAUGAAGCGCACUCCCGCCUACCAGUUCAUUGUGCGGUUGAGAGACUACAAGCCUCAUUUAAAGGAUGCAUUGAUUAUUUCGUCAACUGCGUCUGCCGAUGUUGGUCUCAUCACUCGGUCCGACCAGCCUCUGGCACAUGAUGACGCCGCCAAAAAGGCCGUCGGUCAAUUUACCACCACCGACUUCAAUGACGACACUAAACGAGCAUCUAUACCACUGAGAGACUCCAGCGACGACACAUCGGUCAUUGGUUUCUCGGCUGAUCUCUCGAGCACUGAGAGUGUAAUCGAACCUAUUGCUGGUGAAGAGAUACAGGAGAGUUCGACGCCUCUGCCCAAUCUGCUUCUUCUCAAUAACGACGGUAUCCUUUCCUCUUGGUGGUUUAUCUACAAUGAGUCCAUUCGUCAGAAAAUUCCAUAUUCCGGCCAAGCCCCAGCGAACCCAGCACAGUCACAACCCCAGCAACCCGCCCCAACGCCGGCGCCAGCGCAGCAGCCUUCCUUUGGCCAGCCGUCAUUCGGCAACCCCUCACCAUUUGGCGGAUCGACGUUUGGAAAACCAUCCGGUGGAGCCACUUUCGGUAGUCCAUCCGGCAUGGGCGCCUCCACUAUGGGCGCCACAGCGUUCGGAAAGCCAUCUGCUGCUGCUUCAUUCGGAAGCCCUUCGCAAUUAGGCGGAGGCGCAGCCCCAGCUUUUGGAAAGCCGUCUGCCCCUGGUCCCUCGUUCGGAGCCCCCUCUCAACCUGGACCUGCUUUUGGUGCUCCUAGUACUCCCGGACAAACUGCGCCGCAGUUUGGAAGGUCUGGGUUUGGGACAAUGGGUUCAAGCUCAACAUUCGGGCAGCCGAGCACCCCCGGAAAGAGCCUUCUGGGAACCGGUGGUGCCGCUAGUGGAGGCGGCUUCAGUUCAUUCUCGACUGGAGGUGGAUUUGGUGGAUUUGCUGCGGCAAAGCCCGGAGAUUCGCCGUUCGCGAAAACCGGCGAAAGUGCUUUCGCCAAAGGUUCAGAGUCGCCAUUUGGUGCUUCCACUCAGAACAACACCGCUUUUGCUGCUCCCUCAAAACCCACCGAAGUGAAAAAUCCAUUCGGCCCUACGCCCGGUGGUUUUACCCUAGGAUCUACCUUCAAGGGCGAUGGGACGGCCGCCAAUGAUGGCCCCAAGCCCGACAAGCCUUCAGGAGGUGCAUUCUCCUUUGGUGGUUCGUUCGAUGAAAUGAUCUCAUCACCGAGCAAGGCCAGUCCUCCGGCUGAAUCUAUGGACGAUAUGGAAGAUGCGGGUGAAUCACCGCUGGCGCAGCCUGCGAAGACUGAGACACCUUCCAUCUUCGGCGCAGCGAGUAAACCUGCUUCCCAGACUACCCCGUCCAUCUUCGGCGCGCAGACGCAAUCCAACAAAACAACGACCGAGGUCGAGAUUGGCAAAUCAAGCUUCUCAAUGUUUGGCAAUAAUGUGACUCCGAACCAAGUGACUAGCCCUUUAUCGGAGCCCUCAGAUAAGACUGCCACGCCGAUGAAAGAGCAGCUUCCAGCUACACCUCCAUUCUCAGCUCUCGAGGCACCACUACCACCUGAUCCUACAAGCAGAGCCUCCUAUGCCCCCGGAGACACGUCGGCCUCUUCGAACGUAUCGAAGAGCUCAGUAGAAGAUGCACCUCUUCCUCCAGAUUUCAUUGGCCGAAAGAAGUCGGAGCCCAAGGUGGAGGAUGAUGCACCGCUUCCCCCGGAUUUUAUUUCCAAGAAAAAACCUACUUCGCCACGUGAGGAUGCACCUCUUCCUCCUGAUUUCUUGACCAAACCGAAGAAAGCAGAGACCGAAGCUGUUCCUGAGGAUGCACCAUUGCCCCCGGACCCCGUCGCUUCAAAGGCCAGAUCCAAAUCUCCGGAGAAGGCAAUCCCCAUUCCUGAUGGUUCGGAUGCGGACUCGGAGCAAGAGCCGGACGAAUCUGAAUUCUCCGAUAGCGGCGAAGAAAUUGAGAAUGAGGAGAGCCCUACAGAGGAAACCGACUCGAAGGCGCUGUCGGCCCAAAGCUCAUUCGGUGCUCCGUCCGUGAAGAGCGCUACCAGUGGUCUCUUUAGCGGCGUUUCGAAGCCCGCACAGGACGAAAAGGAACAACAAAAACCACGACAGCUCUUUGGCGAAAUUCCCAAGCAGCCCCUUCUUCCACCUCCUGGACCUGUCGCUCAUGUGGGGCGUGAACCUGAACGAUCACCCAGUCCUACCCGAGUCAGUUCGCAGAAGAGUGUCUUGUUCUCGAAGCCAGAGACACGCAAAGAUAUAGGAAGCGCUUUGUCUGCUCGCAAGGCUUCGUUGACUCAACUUGCGGGUCGUGAUAGGCAGCUCCGAAAGCCCAGCGACAUCGCUCGUGAGGAACAGGACCGUGCAAAUGCUGCUGCCCGGCAGAGAGAGGAAGAAGAGGAACUUGUUCUUUCGGAUGACGAUGAAGAUGAGCGUCUACGUGCUGAUCUGGCCCGUCCUGCGGAGCCUGUUUCGACGCUUGACCCAUUCCUACCUCACCAGAACUACAUGGGUGAGACAGCCAAACCCGGCAUUGCGGGCCAAAUCGAACGACUGUACCGAGACAUCAAUUCCAUGGUCGAUACUUUGGGAAUCAACGCUCGUUCGAUGGAGUCAUACCUCCUGUUCCAGCAACCUGCGCAAACAACCGAUGCUGCCAAAUUGGUGGAUAUCCUGCAAGGUGACCAGCCUGCUGAUGUUUUGGACCAGAAGCUGUUCUUGAAUGACAUCGCCAGUCUUGAUGAAGUAGUGGUUGCUCUAGCCCGUUCCCUCAGCGAACAGCGCGUGCAGGGUGUCGAAGACAAGCUGGAACAAUGCCGGGACCUUCUGGCUAAGGAGAUCGUGGUGCUGCGCGGGCAGUGUGCUAGCAUUCGCAAGACUCUCGACGCCCACACCGAUACUGGGGCUAUACUCGCGGCGCCUCUUUCUGCAGAACAAGCUACUCUUCAGCACGACCUGCGGACCGCGUUUACAGGGAUCCAGGCCCAGAUGGCCGAUCUGGAGCAGGGUGUGUCGCUUCUGCGUGCAAAGAUCGCCGACAUUCCACGUCCGGAAGGCGCCGAUGGUGACUCUAAGAAGAUGAAGCGGCCCACCGUCGAAGCCGUCACGUCUACGAUUGCGACUAUGAUGAGCAUGGCUGAAAACAAGAGCAGCGACAUUGACGUUUUGGAAGCCCAGAUGCGCAAGCUCGGUGUAGACAUUGCCAGCGUCCCCGGGAGCCGCGAGGAGUCUCCCUUCACCACUCCCCGCAAGAAUGCCGGCCGAUUCCCAACGACGCCAGGCUCUCGCGGGUCUUUGGACGGCAGUGCCUACCACACUCCGGAAUCUGCAUCGCGCGGAGCCAACUUCCGCGCCAGCAUCAACGGGUCCGCGAAGGCGAGUCGUCUGCGCAGUGUGGAGGGGGCCAUGGUGCCCGUUCUUGCAGAAGAGGAGAGUGCCCGGUGGAAGGCCAAGAAUCAGCGCCGCCACCAGCUGGUUGAACAUCUGAAGAAGGCAAUUGAUAGCAAGAAGACGAAAGUGCGAGGUGUGGACGACCUAUAG